AUGGCAUCCAAACCGCCACCGGGCCACUUCAAUAUUCUGUACUUUGCCACCGCCGGGUCGUACACGGCUAAGAAUGUGGAGGCACUGCCAGCACCGUUGCCGCUGAAGAAGCUAUUUGGAACGCUCGAGGAGCGUUACCAGGGCAUCCGGGCGAGUGUACUUGAUCACAGUUUGGUCACGAUAAACCUGACGUAUGUCGACGUGACGGAUGAUGAGGCAAGCGAGGAUGGAGACCAGAUCGUGAUAAAAGAAGGCGACGAGGUUGCGAUUAUCCCUCCAGUUAGUUCGGGGUGA